AUGCUGGAUUACUUCCGCCACCGGCGCUGGUCCCACGUGGAUUUCGCGUCGCCGCGGAUUACCGACAACCUCGCCACCUCCACCUUCAGGACCACUCCGCACGACGCCGACGCGUCCGUCUCCACCUCCGCUUCUACUUCCACUUCACCUUCCACCUCCACUCCUGCGUCCGCUUCCACAUCUACUAACUACAUUCCCAACACGAGCUCGUCCACUACCUCGUCUGAUCCCGCUGCCAUUCCCGGCGCCAACACCUCCUCCUCCUCUCUGCCCUCGAAGCCCCUUCCCAAGGCCACCACAAUCAUCACCAACACCACCGCCGUCGGGUCGAGCCCUGGCACCAUCACCACCAUCAUCAUCACCGCCACCACCACACAUCCCCUGACAGCUGCCACCAGCACAAGCACAUCCACGACAUGUCCGAUCAUCACACGCCACAUCAAGACCACCAUUCUUCCCAGAAUAGCCACAGACCCGAUUCCCACGGCCACAACUUCAGCCACAGCAACAUCUUUCCUCAGCUCCAGAGUCACGUCCCCUUCCGUAGCCACACGCCCAGCCACCACCACGGCCCUGUCCCCUGCCACACAUUCCAUUGGCACAGACACGUGCCCUGCCACGUCCCUCAGUCCCGCAUCCAAAUCACCCGCCCCACACCCUGCUACCACGGUUCCACAUUCUGCCUCCAUAUUUUCAUCCCCGGCAUCUGUUCUGACUCCAGGAGUGACAGAAACGCGUCUCAGUUCCAGUGCCACGCGUUCGCCCUCUGUCACGACCGGAGGCAUAACUAUAGGUCCUGGUAUCACGGCGCCACGCUCCUUUACAGCGGCCACUCCGAAUGGCACCAGGAGCACGCCCGUGACGGCUGCCUCCACACCGACUGCCACUACUACCAGACUACCAUCAUACCCAAGCACGUUUUUUCGUCCAAAUAAUACAAAUAUAAGUUUGACCACAAAGUAUCACUCCACCACUACCAAUAACUCUCAUCCGGGGGUCACUGUCACGCUCCCUGACGCUGCUACCACUCCCCCUGGCACCACCACCUCUCGCUGUGACACAAAGACCGUGCCAGGCCCUGCGUGCGAGGCCGCCGUCGGGUCCCCGCUCACCAUCCCCGUCCGCCAAAGUACUGCCGACACUCCCGUGAAAACUGCUUCACGCCCUUGGACCUCCAUCAUCUGCCAGGGCACGCCCGCCGGUCGCAGAACUACAGGCACCUGUGGCAGCGUUACGACUGUGUGCCAAGCCGCCCUUAUGCCCCCUGCCACAACCACCUCCAGCCAGAUCGCUGGCACCGCGAGGACGUACCCAGCCGAUGCCACGUACCUUUCGUCAAGUAAGGUCGGUAAAACUGACGCGAAUCCGACCAAGGCUCUGUGGCCAACUGUCGCUACUACUACUGCGAGCUCAGGUGUCACUGUCACUGGUCCAGCGACUUCCGUAUGCCCGAGGACCCAUGCCAUGACUCCAGCUCUUUCCGGGUGCCAGAGUGCCACGAACGCAUGUUCAGCUACCUCUCCAGCUACCUCUGUGUAUCCCCGGGAGAGUGCCGCGGGGACAGUGCCUGCUACACUCACAAGUGCCAUAAAUACGUAUUUGCUCACCACAACUGCAUGCCAUGAUGCUAAACAUGUACGUCCAUGCAGCACAGCCGAUGCCACAGCCUUAGGUACCAGCAACAAAUGUGCAGUCACAUCAACCACCAUGAAUACAUGUUAUGCCACCAGGGCCACAUCCCCUGUCAUCACAACCACAUCCCCUGCCACAUCUGCCACCAAUGCCCCCCUGCUGCCACACUACCACAUAUGCCACCACUGCUUCAUCUCUGUACCCUAA